CUUUAAUGACGAUCCGACGGAAGACAACAGAAAGCCUUCCUACACGGACAUGCACCGGACGACGAACUAUCAGGAACUACAUCAAGCCCCACCAUCUUGGGCCCCGGAAACACAGCACGAGGAGUCUUCGUUAGCCCGGCCUCCCAGCGAUAUCGCCUCGGGUAAUUUGCUAAGGAUGCUGUACGAAGAGAAGGAGCGAGGGCAGGGACAAAAAGCGCGGAUCCAGGGAUUGGAAGUGGCCCUGGCCGAGACAACACAAGAAAAGGAGGUAGCUAUGGCCUCGGCUCGUCUUGAAAUUCACGAACUUAGAGGCAUGCUUCGGCGAGUGGCCUCUGAAAGUACCUUUUCCGACGUCUUCACGCUCUACGAGGCUCACAUUGCCCGCGUGGAAAAGGAGGCAAACGUGCUGCGGGACCGCAAUGUCCACCUAGAAGCUUGGCGACUGGAUCAGCGGCAACAAAGCGAGGAGAGCAGGGGGCAAGGAAGGGCUGAUGCCUGUGGAGGGGAAGGCGACAGCCAAGGUUGCAAUCGACCCGAUCGUCCCACUCCCUCGCCAUCGCGAAAGAAUAGAAAGUCUCUUCAUGGGGCGACAAAACCAGCGCCCCAUAAUGCACAGGAU